UGUUAGGGGGUGACAGAGUGGGGGUAGGGAGAAUGGAGUCAGAGAUAGGGGGAUGACUCAGAAGGCAAAGCUAUUAUUGCCUUGAAAGCACAAGGCGUCGAGCAUUAGAGUCCCCGGAGCCCAGGUAGAAAUGGGGACGUGAGCUUGUAAUCCCAGUGCUGGGGAGGCAGGCACAGGGAGCAAUCCCUAGGGCUCACUGGCCAGCAGGUCUAGUCUAGUUGGUGAGUUCCAGGCCCAUAAGAGACCCUGUCUCAAAGGAGGAUGGAGUUCCUCGGGGUGGCACCCAGGGCUGUUCUCCGGCACACACACACACACACACACAUGCACACUGAAAAUCAAAGUCAGCGGAGGGUGGCUGGAGAGCUGGAAGAAGAGGAGCCAAGGCUGCUCUGCUUUCCCUGCUUUGUUCUCUGCGUCCCUUAAGCUUCCAUUUUCCAACCUCGUUAACCGAGGCCUGGCACCAGCCCUGGCAUGCCCCACAUUUGGCCAGCUCCUACGGUGCCCUAAAGACAAGUGGUCAGUGGGCACAGGCUCUGCAAAGGCGCACACCCUUCCGCCAGCCUCGAUGGACUCUGCCCUGCUGUGGGGUUGCGUCACUACCACCCCCAACCUCUCUGGGUUUCCCCAGAUAUCACAGAAGCACGUCCUCACCCCUUGCUCUGGCCCUCCCCCAGCUGGACUCUGAGCAGCCAGCGCAGGCAGGGUCAAAAGGUAAUGUCCAUGUCCCGUGGCACUGCCACCUUGGCCUGAGCAAGAGGACUCCAUUUUCCCGCCACCCCUCCCAAAUUCUCACCCCUAUCCCAGCUGUCAAGCCAGAAAUGGAGACCACCAUUCUUCUGACCUACAGACCCUCAAGAGCUAACCAUUGGAUUCCAUGGCUGCCUCAUAAACUGUUACAGAAGUGGUGGGCAAGCCGGGGAGAUAGGACAUGGGGAGAUAGGACAUAGGAAGGAGCCGCCCAUCCCCACCUGGCUCCUAUGGAGUCCCUCCUCUGAGUCCCAGACCUUGGGAACCGAGCAUGUGAAGUCAUCCUUUCUUGCAUCAUGCAUGUCCACGUUGCAACCGCACCCCCCCCCUCCCUCAUGCCCCUACCUCAAGCUACCACAACCAGAUGGUGAAACUUGAGCCCCAGGGGAGACCUCCACCCCCUGCAGGGGCCUGAUGGGCAGCUCAGCUGGCCAAUCCUAAGGCUCAGAGGAUAGGUCGGCUGGCUGACCACUAGGUGAGGGAGCCCAAGCAGUUGGCUCUAAAGAGGCCGUGCUCAGUAGUCAGUCAUGAGCUGUGAGGAUCGAACACAGCUACCCAUCAGAUGAUCUUCUCUCAGCUUGCUGAGCCCCAGGCCAUCGAGGACAAGUGGCUCUGCUCUUUUGUCAAGAGUAGCUGUGACACUGCUUAUUCCCGCUGCUGCAGCUGCACCCUCUUGGGCUCAUUAAAUUGCCAUCCGAGGCUCUCGACUCAGGGCCGUCUACCUGGAGCAUGGGGCUUUCAGAGGUCCAGCUCUGGCCAGUGCUACUGUGGGCCUUGGCGUGGAUGCAGAACGCAAGAUCUGCAUGUCCGUCCUGUGGGGGCCCAUCCCUGGCACCCCCAGGAGAACGUGCCCUGGUCCUAGAGCUAGCCAAGCAGCAAAUCCUGGAGGGCCUGCACCUGACCAGCCGGCCCAGAAUAAGUCGCCCUCUGCCCCAGGCAGCACUAACCAGAGCCCUCCGGAGACUGCAGCCCGGGAGCGUGGUUCCUGGCAACCGGGAGGAAGUCAUCAGCUUUGCUUCCAUCGUAGGCAAAUCCACUUCCACCUACCGCUCCAUGCUCACCUUCCAGCUGUCCCCUCUUUGGUCGCACCACCUGCACCAUGCCCGCCUCUGGCUGCAUGUGCCCCCGUCUCUCCUUGGCACCCUCCACCUGAGGAUCUUCCGUUGCGGCACCAGGAGGUGCCGCGGAUCUCGCACCUUCCUGGCUGAGCACCGAACGACUUCCCCAGGCUGGCACGCCCUGACUCUGCCCUCUAGUGGCCUGCGGAGCGAGGAAUCUGGGGUCGUGAGGCUGGAGCUGGACUACAGACCCCUGGGCCCCAACAGCACCGGGGUCGCGGGACUGCCACGGCGGCUCUUGGACACCGAGGGACAGCAGCGUCCCUUCCUGGAACUCAAGAUCCGAGCUAACGAGCUCGGGGCAGGCCGGGCCAGGAGGAGGACUCCCACCUGUGAGCCCGAGACCCCCUUAUGCUGCAGGCGAGACCACUACGUAGACUUCCAGGAGCUGGGGUGGCGGGACUGGAUCCUGCAGCCUGAAGGAUACCAGCUGAACUACUGCAGCGGGCAGUGCCCGCCCCACCUGGCUGGCAGCCCUGGCAUUGCGGCCUCCUUCCAUUCCGCUGUCUUCAGCCUCCUCAAAGCCAACAACCCUUGGCCUGCGGGUUCUUCCUGCUGUGUCCCCACGGCCCGAAGACCCCUCUCACUCCUCUACCUCGACCAUAAUGGCAACGUGGUGAAGACCGAUGUGCCAGACAUGGUCGUGGAAGCCUGCGGCUGCAGCUAGCAAGAGGACCUGAAGGUUCUGAGUGAAGUUCAAGGUUCAGGUUGGGGGUUCCCUGGCAAAAGACUCCCGUGUCUGGGAGCCUGAGAUUUGCUGACCCAUGCAGGUUCCCAACAGACUACCUGGCAGUGUGAUUGGGCUUGACCCCUAUGGAACUCAAAUGGGCAUUUUCUUGUCCUAGAUUCUGGUCUAUUUCAGGCUGUUUCCAAUGUGGACAGAUGGGUAAAGUGUUUCCUUUCAAGGGGACUGCCUGGCCAGCAGCAUUUCCUUCAUCGAGCCCUGUUCCCGGACAGCAGGGGAUGUCGUAGGAGGGAAAGGAGGACGCAGGGGAAAAUGACUUAGUUUCUCCCCAGAAAAGAAUUUCCUCAAGUAAGGAAGGAGGAACUAGAGGGCCCAGCAGACUGGGGGACGGCAGACAAGCAGGCUAAGAACGGGGACUACUGCCUGCUUUGAAGCGACGUCAAGAGGAAGAGGAGCAAGGUGUGGGCGUGGGGAUGGGUUGCGGGGCUGAGGGCCUGGAACUGAGAGUCAGUGUAAAGGGAUGCGGAGCCCACGAAGUUCUCUAGCUUUCCCUCGAGGACAAGACAUAAUUUCUCACGUGGAAGACAUAAUUUAUACUUUCUUAAUAAAAAAACGAGAAAGAAAAGGAACAGUGAGUCGUCGUGAUAAGGGGUUGGUGACAUAGGUCACAUGAUAAGGGGUUGGUGACAUAGGUCGUAAGCCAAGUGUGGCCUGAGGACCUCUGCCAGGUCCUGGAAAGCCCUCUCAGAGGUUUCAGAAACAUUUUCAUAAUAAUACAAAGAUGUUAUUUGCCCCUUGUUAUCAUUAUCUCUACAUUAUACUGUGGGGACAGGGUGUGGUGGUUGCAGCACUCAGAAGACCGAGGCAGGAGAAUCACUGAUUCAAGAUCAGCAGAAUUCCAGACCAUGAAGUGUAGGCCAGCCUGAGCUACUGAGAACCUGUCUCAAAGCAAACAAAAACAUCGAUGGAGUUUUCCAGAGAAUAAGAUACAGCUUAUUACAUCACUGCCGAGAGAUCAGGAGCUUAUCUAUUCCUUUCCUUUUCUCCUGUAAAAAGUCUUAUUUACAGCUGGGUGGCAGUGGCGCACGCCUUUAAUCCCAGGAUUUGGGAGGCAGAGGCAGUCAGAUUAUCUCUGAGUUCCCAAGGCCAGCCUGGUUCACAGAGUGAGUUCCAGAACAGCCAGGGCUACACAGAGAAACCUUGUCUCAAGAAACCAAUAAAUAAACAAAUAUGGAUAUUUUAAGAAAGAGUUAAAAUCUGAAGAGCUGAUCCAGUACUUAAAGAGAGCCUGUUGCUCACAGGGGACAAGGGGUUUGGUUUCCCGCAUCCACAUGGUGGGUCAGCCAUCAAUAACUCCAGCUCCAAGGAGCCCGGCACCCUCUUCUGACCUCCACAGGGACCAGGCAUGCAUGUGGUACAUAUAUGUGCAUGCGGGCAAAACACUGAUACACACAAAAUCAAAUAGACAAACCUAAAAACGACAUAAGUUAAAGAGAGGUUGGGGGCACAGCUCAUUAGGGAAGGCACCUGCCACACAAGAUAAGAUUUGUGUUGGGUUCCCCAGUACCAUGUAAAAUCCCGAGGUGGGGACACCUGUGAUC